AUGGCACCUACUGCAGACCUGGUCACCUCUUCCGCUGCGCCUAUCGCGGCGUCGGCCAAGCUCGCCUCGCUCAACAUCGGACAAGGACGUCAAGCUUCUUGGCGAAAGGGCGACCUGCAGCGAGAACCGCUUGUGCUCAAGGGGUUGCUUGAACAGUACAGCCACUUCGACGUCACACCGGUCAUCGGUCGCGAGUUCUCGACUCUUCAGAUCCGCGACGUACUCCAAGCCGACAAUGCCGAUGAGCUGCUUCGAGAACUGGCCAUCACGAUCUCGCGGCGUGGCGUCGUUUUCUUCCGCGACCAGGAUCUCACGCCCGAGGAGCAAAAGGACUUUACCCACCGCGUCGGACUAGCUGCGGGCAAGCCCGAAUCUAGCGGCCUGCACAUCCAUCCGAUUACCAACGCCGAGCGAGAAGGCCACCAGAUCACCGUCGACGAAAAGGGCACGCCGAACACCGACAACGAGAUCAGCGUCAUCUCGUCCAAGAUGCGCAGGGAGCUGUACUCCCACUAUCGUCGCAACCACGAUGCCACCAACGAGUGGCACAGCGACAUCACCUUUGAGCCGGCUCCCGCCGACUACACCUCGCUCAAGGUACACACGCUGCCCUCCACCGGAGGUGACACGCUGUGGUCGUCGGGCUACGAGAUCUUUGACCUUCUCUCGCCGCAGAUCCAGGCAUUCGCCGAGACGCUCACGGGUCACUUUGCGCAGCCUGCUUUCAACGAGGCCGCCGCGCGUGGCAAUUUUACCCUGUACAGCAAGCCGCGAGGAUCGCCGCUGAAUGUGGGAGAGCACCUGUCGGCGGACCACCCCUUUAUCCGCACCAACCCGGUGACCGGCUGGAAGUCGGUGUUCGGGCUAGGCUCGCACUUCCGGCACAUCAAUGGCCUCACGCCCAAGGAGAGCGAGCUUCUGCGCAACCACAUCCUGGAGCUGGUCUCGACCCACCACUUGGCCCAGGUGCGCUUCAAGUGGAACAAGAACGAUGUUGCCAUCUGGGACAAUCGAUCGACAUUCCACGCCGCCACGCCCGACUAUGAGGGACUGGGCGACCGUGCCGGGGUGCGGGCAGUAUCGGUGGGGGAGGCACCCUACCUCGAUCCCAACUCGUGGUCCAGGAGGGACGAGCUUGGCCAGGAUAGGUUGAUCUGA